AUGAUUCAGAGGAAACGUCAGAAUCACAUGCAGCGUCUUCUUCACACUCCAAGUUCAAAAGCAACGUCUUCGGUAGUAGGAUCUCAUUCAGAAUCAGCUUCUGCUGUUAGUUCCAACGCAUCCUCGUCUACAGAUGCGUGUGAUGAAGAUUCCGAAUCGGAAUCGACGUCAGCAUCUAGGUCGGAAGCGGCGUCCUUCUCUAAGGAAUCUAAAUCCGAAGCAGAAUCAGCAGCAAAGUCAAAAUCAACAUCUUCUUCGAAGGGAUCAAAGUCAGAAUCUGAGUCUGCUGCUCACUCGAAAGCUACGUCCUCCUCGAAGGGAUCCAAAUCCGAAGCAGAAUCAGCAGCAAAGUCAAAAUCAACAUCUUCUUCGAAGGGAUCAAAAUCAGAAUCUGAGUCUGCUGCUCACUCUAAAACGGCGUCCUUCUCGAAGGGAUCCAAAUCCGAAGCAGAAUCAGCAGCAAAGUCAAAAUCAACAUCUUCUUCGAAGGGAUCAAAAUCAGAAUCUGAGUCUGCUGCUCACUCGAAAGCUACGUCCUCCUCGAAGGGAUCCAAAUCCGAAGCAGAAUCAGCAGCAAAGUCAAAAUCAACAUCUUCUUCGAAGGGAUCAAAGUCAGAAUCUGAGUCUGCUGCUCACUCUAAAACGGCGUCCUUCUCGAAGGGAUCCAAAUCCGAAGCAGAAUCAGCAGCAAAGUCAAAAUCAACAUCUUCUUCGAAGGGAUCAAAAUCAGAAUCUGAGUCUGCUGCUCACUCGAAAGCUACGUCCUCCUCGAAGGGAUCCAAAUCCGAAGCAGAAUCAGCAGCAAAGUCAAAAUCAACAUCUUCUUCGAAGGGAUCAAAGUCAGAAUCUGAGUCUGCUGCUCACUCGAAAGCUACGUCCUCCUCGAAGGGAUCCAAAUCCGAAGCAGAAUCAGCAGCAAAGUCAAAAUCAACAUCUUCUUCGAAGGGAUCAAAAUCAGAAUCUGAGUCUGCUGCUCACUCUAAAACGGCGUCCUUCUCGAAGGGAUCCAAAUCCGAAGCAGAAUCAGCAGCAAAGUCAAAAUCAACAUCUUCUUCGAAGGGAUCAAAAUCAGAAUCUGAGUCUGCUGCUCACUCGAAAUCUACGUCCUCCUCAAAGGGAUCCAAAUCCGAAGCAGAAUCAGCAGCAAAGUCAAAAUCAUCAUCUUCUUUGAAGGGAUCAAAAUCAGAAUCUGAGUCUGCUGCUCACUCGAAAUCUACGUCCUCCUCGAAGGGAUCCAAAUCCGAAGCAGAAUCAGCAGCAAAGUCAAAAUCAUCAUCUUCUUUGAAGGGAUCAAAAUCAGAAUCUGAAUCUGCUGCUCACUCCAAGGCUUCAUCUGGUUCGAAGCGAUCCAAAUCAAAGUCAGAAUCAGCAGCAGGUUCAAAGUCAUCAUCUUCUACAAAGGGAUCCAAAUCAGAAUCUGAGUCUUCUGCCAACUCCAAGGCUUCUUCCGGUUCGAAGGGAUCCAAAUCAGAAGCAGCAUCAGCAGCAAAGUCAAAAUCAACAUCUUCUUCGAAGGGAUCAAAAUCAGAAUCUGAGUCUGCUGCUCACUCGAAAUCUACGUCCUCCUCGAAGGGAUCCAAAUCCGAAGCAGAAUCAGCAGCAAAGUCAAAAUCAUCAUCUUCUUUGAAGGGAUCAAAAUCAGAAUCUGAAUCUGCUGCUCACUCCAAGGCUUCAUCUGGUUUGAAGGGAUCCAAAUCAAAGUCAGAAUCAGCAGCAGGUUCAAAGUCAUCAUCUUCUACAAAGGGAUCCAAAUCAGGAUCUGAGUCUGCUGCCCACUCGAAAUCUGCGUCCUCCUCGAAGAGAUCUAAAUCCGAAGCAGAAUCAGCAGCAAAGUCAAAAUCGUCAUCUUCUUUGAAGGGAUCAAAAUCAGAAUCUGAGUCUGCUGCUCAAUCCAAGGCUUCAUCUGGUUCGAAGGGAUCGAAAUCAAAAUCAGAAUCUGAUUCUGCUGCUCACUCCAAGGCUUCAUCUGUUUCGAAGGGAUCCAAAUCAAAGUCAGAAUCAGCAGCAGGUUCAAAAUCAACAUCUUCUUCGAAGGGAUCAAAGUCAGAAUCUGAGUCUGCUGCUCACUCGAAAGCUACGUCCUCCUCGAAGGGAUCCAAAUCCGAAGCAGAAUCAGCAGCAAAGUCAAAAUCAACAUCUUCUUCGAAGGGAUCAAAAUCAGAAUCUGAGUCUGCUGCUCACUCGAAAUCUACGUCCUCCUCAAAGGGAUCCAAAUCCGAAGCAGAAUCAGCAGCAAAGUCAAAAUCAUCAUCUUCUUUGAAGGGAUCAAAAUCAGAAUCUGAGUCUGCUGCUCACUCGAAAUCUACGUCCUCCUCAAAGGGAUCCAAAUCCGAAGCAGAAUCAGCAGCAAAGUCAAAAUCAUCAUCUUCUUUGAAGGGAUCAAAAUCAGAAUCUGAGUCUGCUGCUCACUCGAAAUCUACGUCCUCCUCGAAGGGAUCCAAAUCCGAAGCAGAAUCAGCAGCAAAGUCAAAAUCAUCAUCUUCUUUGAAGGGAUCAAAAUCAGAAUCUGAGUCUGCUGCUCACUCGAAAUCUACGUCCUCCUCGAAGGGAUCCAAAUCCGAAGCAGAAUCAGCAGCAAAGUCAAAAUCAUCAUCUUCUUUGAAGGGAUCAAAAUCAGAAUCUGAGUCUUCUGCCAACUCCAAGGCUUCUUCCGGUUCGAAGGGAUCCAAAUCAGAAGCAGCAUCAGCAGCAAAGUCAAAAUCAACAUCUUCUUCGAAGGGAUCAAAAUCAGAAUCUGAGUCUGCUGCUCACUCGAAAUCUACGUCCUCCUCGAAGGGAUCCAAAUCCGAAGCAGAAUCAGCAGCAAAGUCAAAAUCAUCAUCUUCUUUGAAGGGAUCAAAAUCAGAAUCUGAAUCUGCUGCUCACUCGAAAUCUGCGUCCUUCUCGAAGGGAUCCAAAUCUGAAGCAGAAUCAGCAGCAAAAUCAAAAUCAUCAUCUUCUUUGAAGGGAUCAAUAUCAGAAUCUGAGUCUGCUGCUCACUCGAAAUCUGCGUCCUUCUCAAAGGGAUCCAAAUCCGAAGCAGAAUCAGCAGCAAGUUCAAAGUCAUCCUCAUUUUCAAAAGGAUCCUUAAGUUUGCAAAGCCAUAAACAUCAUCUCGCAGAAAGUGAUGAAUGCUCUGAUGAAAAUACUACAGAGAACGAUGAGGGACAUGAUGGCUCAGAGAACAGUGAAAGUUCUGAGGGGGAUGAUUGCGAAUCUAAUGAGGAUUCUAAAGGACUGGGAAAGAAAACUGACGGUCAUUCUAAAUUAAUUGAGUUAUUGUCCAAAAAAAAGUCUAUGGGACAUGAAGCAAUAUCUGGUGAUAAAUCGCAUGUAAGCGACUUGAUAAAAAAUAAAAAAUCUCUAAUGCUUGGUUCAAUGUCUCACGCCAAAGGCCAUGAUGACAUAAUUUCAAAAAAGAAAUCCAUGCUUCAUGAUUCGAUGUCUCACGGCAAAGGGUUUGACAUUAUAUCAAAAAAAAAAUCCAUGCUUCAUGAGUCAAUGUCUGGAAGCAAAUCUAAAGGACUUGAAAUAUUGUCAAAAAAGAAGUCUUCAAUGCAUCAUCCUAUGUCUGGUGGUAGCUCAAAAGGUCAUGGAAUUUUAGCACAUCAUGGAUCCUCAGGUCACUUUGGAAUGUUAAAACACGAUGACUCAGGAAGUGAUGAUAGCUGUGAAUGAUUCACAAUGAAACAAGAUUGAUGAGAUUAUAUAAUUUUGUUUUACGAGUUGUACCAAUCUCUCAACAAUCAUAUUUUUUUAUACUUGUACCUCACAUUUGUACGCCGAUUUUUUGUGUAUGGAUUUGCUUGAAAGUGAUCCAUCGUGGUUCUGCACUUUCAUUGAAUGAAUACAUAUUGGAAAAAGUUCCCCACAGAGGAUACAGAUGACCAGGCAAUAGACUUUAGCUAAUAUACUAAAAUCAGUUAUUAACUGAUGGGUUAUGAAACCCCUAGCAUAUUGCUAAAUGAACAAUUUUAUCAAAUAGUUAUUGUCAUUUUUUUUACCGAAACUAAUGGAUCAGCCUUUUACGUGUUAAAAAUUUCUGUAUAUUAUUUAUGAAGUAAGAAAGAAAAUCUAUCGAUUUCUUGAGCAGGAGUAAUUCCGAGAAAAAUGUCUUUCACACAUCAAAUUGCUUUAGAAAUGUCGUUAACUGCUGAUUAAUUAUAACGACGAAGAAUUUAUUUAUCCCAUUUCACUUCGUUCAUGCAUGUCAAUCGUCUCACUGUAGUUUCGUACAUUGGUAUUAAUAUUAUUUAAUUUCACUUUUGUAAUUCUAUAAUUUUAAGUCAAUUUAUUGUAGAGAAAUAUGGAAUUAUAAUAGAGAUUGUAUAUCUAUGCAAAAUUUUA